AUGGCGACAAUGAAACAGGAAACGAAUUACUGUAAUAGUAGUUUCGGCGAGGUGGCCGCUGCCCGUCAGGCGAAUGUCCUUGCCAGCUGCUACCUCGUCGACAAUGCCACUGCGUCCCUCAAGGGACUUCACUACUGCACUACCAGCGUUACCGGGGCAGAGUGGUAUUCCUGAGGUCCCUUCCUCAGGACUACCAUCGCCACCGACAAGUCCCCCCCUCGCCGCCAUCACGUCUGACAACAAGCUCGCUGUGACCCCCAAGUCCAAGCAGCGACGCGCCCAGUCGACGUCGACCAACAACGCCGGGCCCGGUGGCCUCGGCUCACCCCAUCUCAGGCGAGGGGGGGCAACAUCGCGCAUCAGGGAAGAAUGUGAGAGGUUCUUCUGCGAGACCAUGUGGUCCUUGUUCCGGGAUGAGCGGAACUCGGCGCCGUAUGGCUCCGGCCUGACGGGUGUCCAUCAACAACAAGAACGACAAGCACAACUAGAACAACAACAGUACUACCAGCUGGGCGGCGGCGGAGCAGAGUCCAAUGGCCAGCUGUGCACGCCUCCGGACGAGUAUCCCUUCCCAGACCGGUUCGUAACGGCCAGCGGCGGACGAAAUCCCCCGUGCCGCGUCACGGCCUGGCUGGAGCUUUGGGAUUACGUCGGCGGUGCUGGUUUCCGGGGUUUCUUGGCGGAAGAUGACGAGGGCGAGAAAUCGGCCUUUAUCUUCUUUGACCCCGGAGUUAUGGGAAGGGAUUUGAAAUCAGCGUUGGUUGCUGCCAUCGAACUAGCCGACGGGCCGCUGGAAUGCUCCCACCUCGUCGUCGCUAUCGACCGAUCAAUACCUGAAAGGGAUACCAGAUCGCUCAUGAAGGGCCUGCAAUGGGCUGGCUUCUCACUCGCCAACCUAGACCAGUGGGCCGCCGGCUCGCUGGACGUCACGAGCUCAAGGUGGCUCUUCAUGGACUACGAGGUGUAA